AUGCCACGUUUGACUACAAUAUCACAAACAACAAAUUUUAAUGUAGAUUGUCCAUUAUCAAAAGCUGAUACUUAUGCUGAUGCAUUACUUCGUACAUUAUACUCUUUUAAACUACCUUCAUCACCAAUGUCGUUAUAUGCUUGUCGACAGCAUCAGCGUCCGUAUCCUCAGUCAACAACGGUGUCACAAUCGAUCGUAAAUGAAUUAGUGAACGGCUCUUCAGAUAAUCAACAAUCAUUAGCUGAUCCUUCUUCGUUAUCCUCUUCAUCGUCAUCAUUAUUUAGUUCACCAUCAUCAUCUUCAUUAACUAAUACGAGUGCAAAUUAUUUUACACUCGAAGCACAUUUACCAUUAGUUAAAAAUAAAGUUGAACAAUUAGAAAAAUUCAAACGUUUACUUUCUCGUUUGGAUAACGUUUAUAAUUCUAAUAAUAAUCAAAAGAUGUCAACAUCAGCUUUACCACCACCAUCACCAGCACAUAUUACUGAUCGUUAUCUAUUUCGUUCACCUUCAAAUGAUAAUCGACUAUCAAGAAAAUCAUCAACAACAACAAAAAAAACUAAAUUACACAAUAUUCCAACAUCAUCAUCAUCAACACCACCAUCAGCAAGAAAACGUUAUAAAUUUUCAUCUGGUACAACUGAUCAAAAUAAUAAUAAUAUUUAUAAAUUUCCUAAUGAACAUACUGAAGCACGAUCACAUUCAACAGAUUCUGAUCGAUAUUAUUUUCCUUCAAAUGAUUCAACUAAACAACCACAACAAACAUUAACAUAUAUUCGUUCUGGUAAUGGAUUAGAAUCACAUAAAAUAACUUUUAUUAAUGGAACAUCAUCAACGACUGAUAAAACUUUAUUACCAAUAACAAAGUCAAUACAACCAACGUCUAUUAUACCUGAUACACCUUAUCUGUUUUCAAAGACGACAGAAUCUCAUCCACAUUCAACUCUAACAUCACCAGCUAACCCAGAAGAUGCAUGGAUACAUCAACGUCAGCAACCACAAAUUGUCUUUGAUAGCAUAACUGAUUUAUCACCAAGUUCACAAUUAAAACGUCCACGUACAUCAAGUACAAGUCCUGAACAUCGACAAACAACAAAACGUUCACCAGUACGUAUGGAUACAAUAACAUCAACAAAUGGUUCAUUAUCAACAUUAAGACGAUCACCACCAAAUAAAAUUCAAAAUGUUCGUUUUGAUCCAUCAUCAACACAACGUUCAUAUUUAGAUGAAGCACGGGAACGUUUAGCUGGUAAAAAACGUGGACGUUCACCACAAGCAUUUCAACAAUCAGUUGAUCGUCUUGUUUCAUCAACAAAUCAAAAAUAUCUUCAACAACAACAAAUUCUUUCACCACCAAUACCAUUUCAACAACAACAUGAUUAUAUUAGUCAAUAUUAUGCACAAGAAGAACCACCUAUUGAUUAUCCAAUGGAUAGUGAUGAUGAUGAACAACAAAAACGUCCAUUUAUAUAUAAUCGUGGUUUAAAUACAAAUCGUACACAUACACAAAUUAUGAAAAAUGUUAAUAAAAGUUUACUUGAUGGUAAUUAUUUAGCUGAUGUUAAUCGUAUUAAACAAUUAGAUCAAACUUUUCAUCGAUAUUUACGUUCACUUGAAAAUCAAUCAUUACAACGUGAAUUAAAUUAUGAUUUAAUACGUUGUUUUUCAUCAACAUAUUUAGAUGAUUUACGACGCGAAGAAAAUCGAAAUUUUCAAACACGUAGUAAUAUGCGUUCAUAUACAUAUGAAGAUAUACAAGAUAUACAUAUGUCACCUACUUUAGAAGCAUAUAAAAUGAAACGAGCUAUUGAUAGAGAAAGACGUCUUCGAUUAAGUACAAGUUUUGAUGGACAAAUAACAUCAUCAACACCAACAUCAUCAAUUGGUGCUGGACUUUUAUCACCAUUAUUAUCAUCACAUAGUCCAAUUAUGACUGGAAGUUUAAAUGAAAAUAUGGAUGUACAAUCAGGUGGUUUUGAAACUGAUCGUCGAUCACAAAAAUCACAUACUUCAGUAAGUAUUGGUAGUCCACCAAUGUAUACAUCCGACAUAAAUUUUAGUACUGCAGUUAAAUAUUCUCAACCACCAAUAAUUGAAGUUGCUAAAACUCCCGUAGUUGAUCGUCAACAUCGUCCAUCAAAUUUAACUUCUACAAGUAUUCUUCAUAUAAAUGGAUCAGGUAUUCAAUCAAUUGAUAAUGAUUCACGUAAUGAAUUAAUCGUUAUUCGACCACCAGUUGUACAAACACAAAAAAUUCGCACGGGUCGUGCACGUCGAACAUUAACUGAUGAUGGUAGUGCUGAUGUUGUUCAUCAUGUUGGUAUUAUUUCUCCACCACCAUCUUAUACAACUGUUAAGCAACGUCCAGUACCAAAACCAACAACUAUAACAACGAAGACAACAGAACAAUAUGAAACUCCUCAUGUAUUAACGGUUCCUCCUCCAGAUUUUGUUGAACGCACUCAUGUUUAUAUUCGCAAAGAUCGAGCUCACAGUAAUAUUGUUGAACCACCUUCAGAUGGUCUUAUUGAACGUGCAUUAACCACUUCACAACAAAUACUUUUCAAAGAUGUUGAUUAUGAGCCAAAUCUACAAAAAGCUACUCAGGUCAUUACACCGGCAGAUACUACAGAAAUAUCACCUCGUCGUUCUCCAACUAAAAUUUAUACUUCACCGACAAAUAUUGAAAAAGUUCCAGUAUUUCAUGCUGAUCGCGUUGAAAGUGCAUCAGGCAAUUAUGAUUUGUCUAUGGUUAAUAUAAAACAUGUAUUAACAUUAAAUCAAGGUGAAAUAAAUGAAUUAAAUUUAUUAGCACAACAAGCUCAACGUCUUCAAAUACCUCCACAUGAUUAUGAUCAUGCUAUGGUUAUUCUUACACCUGAGCAAACUCAACAUCAGCAUAAUAUUGAUCCUCAACCACUUUUAUUAGCUGCUGCUUAUGUAGGUCAAUUAUCUGAUGAACAAAAUGAACAAAUAACACGUCAUAUUGAUGAUGAAAUACAACGUCAACGUACACAAUUAAUAGCUCCUAUUGCUGAACAUAUGGCAAGAGUUGAACAAGAUAUUUCAGUAUUUGAAAAUAUUUCAACAGCAAAUAUUCAUCAAUAUUCUCGAAAUAAAUUAAAUCAAAUACCAGUUGAUAGUGGUAUUGUUUCAUUAAACACAUCACAAGCAAGUGAACAACCAAUGAUAUUAAAUGCAUCACGUAUGCAUCGAUUAGAUCAAUCUGAUGAAGAACGUUUAGAAACUUUACGUGAAGAUGAUUAUUAUCAAAGACGUAUACGUGCAUUAGAUCUUUUACGUCAAGUUGAAAUUGAUCCAAAUUCAAAUAUUCGACCUGUUCGUGAUGAACAACUAAAUAUAUUUGAACAUAUAACAAAUAUUCCAUCAUCAACAUUGACAACACAACAGACAAAAGUUAUUGAUCAUGAUCGCAUUGAUCAAAUUCAAACAUUACAACAUACAGAUAAACCAAUUAUUUAUGAAACAUUAGGUGAAAAUUUACUUGAUAGAACUCCUAAUAUAGAAUAUUUAACUAGUUCACAUGUUGAACAAGAUUAUCAAUUAAAUAAUCGAUCAAAAGAGAAUCCAAUAAAUUGGGGGAAAAUAAUUCCUAUUAAACAACAUCGAUCAAUAGAAAGUCGAUUAUCUGAUACAGUUUAUGAACAAGCAAAACCUUUACUUCAAAGUCAAUUUGAUCAAAGAGAAAAUCUUCAACCUACACAAGAACCUACUAAACAUUUAGAAAUACUUAAAGAUUCUACAAAAAAUGUUGUCUACAAUUAUGGUGAACGAAAUGAAAUUCCAUUAUCUCGAACAUCGUCAUUUGGUUCUGAUAAAGACUUAAAACUACAACCACAUGAUUCAGCUACAAUUAGAUAUGAUUAUUAUGAUAUUGCACCUCUUGACGAUGUAACACGACCAUUAUAUCAUCAUCCACCAGUACAAACACAUCAUGAUCAAGAACAUAUAUCUGUGGAUAUUGAUGCAGAACCAAUGGCUGUACAACUCGAAACAUCUUGGGUAACUGAUGUUUCACAUGGUCGUGCUUCAUUUACUGAAUCAGUUCAAAAAUUGAAUGCUCCUAAAACGCUUACUGAGCCAAGUCUCCAAGCUUUGCAGCUCGAAGAGCUGGCUACUGCUGCUACUGCUCUAGAAGAACAGCAUGCUACACAAAUAAUUCAAAGUGAUCAUUAUCAAAAACUUUUUCAAAAAAUUGAAGAAAAUAAUCGUGUACCAAUUGUUGUUUAUGAUACUGAUUGGAAAGAUGAAAAACUUAAACCUAUUUCAAAUGUAAUUCAAUCUAACAUAGAAAAUGCACAAGUACAAUAUCUAUCAACAGUUCAAUAUGAACAAGCUAAAAUAACUAAACCAAAAUCAAUCUUAUCACGUGAACGUUAUGAACAUAUUGAAAAUAAUAAUCAAGAAAUAACACAACAAAUUGAAACAAAAUCUAUUCAACGUGAUCGUUCUAUUGAACGACUUGAAACAAAUAAUAAAUUUGAAUAUUCAAAAAAAACUAAUCAAGAAAUUUUAUGUCGUCCUAUUGAUCAUCAUCUAGAAAUAAAUGAUGAACACAUAUCAUCAUUAUCAGAUGAUUCACUUUUAACUCAACAUCAACAAAAAUCAAACGUAAAUUUUGAUGAAGCAACUACUUUAGAAAAACCUCUUCGUUCGACAUCUUUUGUAACUCUAAAUUAUCCACAUCAUAAUCAAGAAUUAAAUCUACCAUGGCAACGAGUUUUUGAUCAAGAAUUUUCUGAUCAAUAUCAACAUUUACAACAACAUUUACAAAUUCAGACUGAACAACCAUCAAAAUUAUCUGAUAGUUCGCAACUUAUACAACAUCAACCAAAAUCAAUACUUUCAGAACAAUCUCUUCUUACUACUCCUCUAAACUAUGCUCAUCAUAAUCAAGAAUCAAAUCCAUCAUGGCAACAAGUUUCUGAUCGAAAUUUUUUCGAUCAAUAUCAACAUUUACAACAACAUUUACAAAUUCAAACUGAACAACCAUCACAAUUAUCUGAUGGUUCACAACUUAUACCAUUUCAACCAAAAUCAAUACUUUCAGAACAACCUCUUCUUACUACACCUCUAAACUACGCUUAUCAUAAUCAAGAAUCAAAUCCAUCAUGGCAACAAGUUUCUGAUCGAAAUUUUUUCGAUCCAUAUCAACAGUUUCAACAAAAUUUACAAAUUCAAACUGAAAAACCAUCGAAUUUAUCCGAUGGUUCACUUCUAAUACGACAUCAACCAGAAUCAAAUAUACAUAUCGAUGAAUCGAUUACACCUGAAAUUCCUCUUCGUUCUACUGCAUUUUUAACUCUAAACUAUGCACAUCAUAAUCAAGAACAAAGUUCCUCAUGGGAACAAGUUUUUGAUCAACAAUUUUCUAAUCAAUACCAACAGUUACAACAACACGGUCAGUAUCAAUCUGAUCAACCAUCACCACGAUAUUUACCAUUAAUAACACCCGCAGCUAAUGAAUGUAUAAUAAAAGAAUCUGAUAAUUACGUUAGUGAGUUUCAUCAAGUACCUUUAUUACAUGAAAAUGUUCGUAUACAAAGUUGCGAUAAAAUUUCUCUUUUACCUUCAACACAAAUCAAUCAAUCAAGACCAAUCUAUCGUGUACGACAACAACAACUAUCAUCAAAGGAUGAAUGUGAUUAUUCUGUAAUAUCAUCAAUUCAUUCGAAUCGUAUUGAUCGAAUAGAUGCAACUUCAUAUGAACCAAUAAAUCUUGAAAAACGACCAGUUACAAUUGACAUUGAAGUUCGUGUACGACCAACAUAUUCUGAAACAUCAUCAAUACUUGAUAUGGAAUCAUUUUUAAAUCGUUUUGAAGAAAGUCUUGAACCCGAACAACAUUUACCAUUAAUUGAUCAAGUUUCUCUAUCAUAUACGACAUCAAUACAAUCAAAUAAUGAUAGCACACAACGUGCUAUUGAACGAUAUGAACAAAAACAUCCAUUUUUCAGUCGUUCAUUACCUAUUGAAUGGUUACAACCAACAAUAUUGCCACAUGAUGAACAACUAGUUGAACAAUUGAUUGUAGAAAAAAGUCUUGAAACUAUACAACAACAGGUAGAGUUGAAAACUAAUAUUGAGUGUUCAGAUUUUGUUGUUGCCGCUGCUGCUGCUGCUGCUAUUGCUAAUGAUGCUUAUUCUAUUGAUGAGAGGUUCGAAGACGAGAUAUCAAAUAGUGUAUAUACAAUAAAUAUCAAUAAUGAACAAGAAAAUAACCCUAUAGCUGCAGCUAUGAUUGUUAGUCAUUGUUCACCAACAAGUGACUAUGAAACCGAUUCACUUGAUAAAGAUAACGACACAACUUCGACGACGACUAGCAUUGGUGUUGGUCAUAUAAUUACAGCUACACCAAUAACAACAACUUUACCAUCACAAUCAUCAGAUAUAAUACCUACUGUACCUGUUGAUUAUUUACUUGAUACAUUAGCAAGUGAAAAAAAAAAUAAAUAUAAUCUUACUAAAGAAUUUUUAUUAACAAUUGGUUUCGGUCAACACGAAGAUAAUCAUAUUCAUCAUGCAAAAGAAAACGAACUUGAACAAGACGCUAAUAAUAAUAUAUUAUUAUAUAAUUUCAAUGAAUAUCAACAAGAAUUUUUAAAUAUUCUUUUUGAACCAGAACAUUUUCAUUUACCUAUUGUCAAUGAAAUUUUAAUCUAUCAAAUAAGUUUUCAUAAUCAAUAUUCAAACUUUUCAUCAUCGAAUUUUUUAUUACCGAUUAUUCAUUAUGAUGAUAAUAUAUCAUCAAAUGAAUAUAAAAUAACUAAUCAACAAGAUAUUUUUUCAAUUGCACAAAUAAAUCAUCAAUAUGAUUAUGACGAAGAUCUUAAAAGUAUAUCAUAUAAAUAUGAACAACCAUCUUAUAUCGAACAUUACCAUAUUCAAUCAUUAAAUCCAUUUUCUGAAACACUUUAUGCUGCUAUUGUUGAACCACCAAUAAUCAUUGAAAAUGAAGAUGAUCAUUCGACAUCAAGUAUUUUACCUGAUGUUAUUCCAUCAACAACAACAAUAAUAAAACAAAAUGAGGAAUAUAUUGAACAUGAAUCGAAAAUAGUAAGAAUUUCACCAAGAAGUUCAUCAAUUGAACCAACACCAUUACAUCCAUCAUUCAAUUCACCUGAUAGAGCUCGACAAACUACACAAACUGAUGAUUUAGAACAUUUACCUGAACAGAAAUAUAUCACAAUACAUACAGCCACGCCUACACCAUCUAUGCGUAAAGUUAUUCCAUCACGUCCCGGUCCUUUUAUUGAACAACCAAUAAUGACAGAAACUAUUGAUUUUAAAACCGAUCAACCAACUAGAAUUCCUUAUACAAGUGAAACAGAUAAACUUCAUUAUGCAGCAACAACUUUAAGAGAUCAAUCUGAUCAUUUACCACCAAAACAUUUACCUGUUGAACAUGUACCUGAUUUUGAGCGUGCGCGAUUAGUACCAAGUUCAACUGUACCAUUACAUGAUCUUAAUAAAACCGAAGUUCUUAUACGUGAUACUAUUGUUCAACAUGUAAGUGAAGAUGAAAAAUCAACAUCAAGUGAAGAAGUUGUUUUUGAAGAAUGGAGUGAAGAAUUUCGUUGUCGUCGUAUAGAUGAAUAUGAUAAAAAUACAAAUCAAUUAUUACGUUCAACUAUUGAUCAAACAGGUGAACGUAUUAAAAGUGAUGUUAUUAAAGAAGAAUAUAAAGAAAAAAAUGAACGUAUUAAAGGACAUAAAAGCUAUGAUGUUAUUAAAGAAGUCUAUCGUCGUGUACCAGCUCAUACAAUUGAUCCAACAAAAACAACAAUUGUUUCUAUGGAACGUCCACAAAGUCCUGUUUAUGAAGAAAUACCACCACCAUUCAUUUCAACAAUACCAACGACAACAACAUCAUCACCUAGUCGUCAAAUAAUUACUGAAAUUACACCACGAGAUCGUCAUUGGUCUUCGGAAGAUGUUUAUACAACAGAAAUAGUUUAUGAUGCAAAACUUGCACGUGAUAUUGAAUCAGUAGCAAAUGCUGAACGUUUUGAUACAAAAUUUGAUUCAACAACACCACCAUCAUCAUCAUCAACAACUUAUGAUCGUGUACGACCAGGUCAAUAUGUACCAAUACCAUCAACAAGUCAAACAAUAAUAUCAAGGGCACCAUCAUCAACAUAUGAUCAUAUAUCAAAUAUAAUAACACCAUCAACACAUAUAUCUGAUCGUCGACAACAACAACAACGUGAGGAAACAGUUAGUGAAGAAUACCAUGUUGAAGUUGAACAAGAACAUGCUGAUCGUCGCUUACCAUCAAAUCAAUAUCAAACAUCAGUAAUUAGUACACAACAACAACGAUAUGCAUCGUCAGAAGAUGAUAUGUCAGAUCCAUAUGUAACCACCGGUGAUCGUACAUAUCAUGGUUUGACAACAAUAAUUAAUGAAGCUGGACAAAAACGAGAUUCAAAUUGGAGAAAUAAACUUAAGCAAAUUUAUACACCAACAUCAGAUGAUGAUCAAUUUGAUCAGUUUGGAAAAUCAAUAAAUGGCAAUUAUACAGCACAACGAGUAUCUAUUGUACCAACAAAUAUUCAACAACAAUUCAAAGAUAAUUCAAUAAAUCUAUCUGGAUAUGAUAAAACAUUAUUUGAACAAAACAAAUUAAAAACAGCUCCCCCAUCACGACAUGCUGUCAAAGAAAUUCUUGUUCGUGUAUCUCGAGGGCUAUCACCAGAUAAACAGUUACAUCAACAAAUUUAUCAUCUUCGUUCAUCAUCGGAUGAAGAUGAACAGGAAAAUAAAAGAUUGGUACUAGUUGAUUCUAUUCGAUCACGUGAAACAAUUAAGAAAAUUACUUCAACAUCGCGUACCGAUGAUGAUCGUCCACAACCACCAAAACGAUCAUCAUCAUCAUCAAUUAUUGAUGAACGUCGAUCAAGAUUUGAACAACAACAAUUUGAUAGUACAAUUGAUUCAAUAAUAAAUCGAAUUGAUCGAUCAACAUGUAGUCGUGUCGGAGAAUUAAGAAAUACAUUUGAAUCAUCAACAAAUGGAACUAUAAAAAAUGACUUAUCAAAAUCUGAAAUACCAAUAUCAACUAGUUUAACAGAGCGACGACGAAUAUUUGAAGAACAAGAUCAAAUCAAUAAAGGAUGGACAUCAACAAAUCGUCGACCGAUUGAUGACUUUGAUACAAAUGAACGUCGUAUAAGUGAAACACAUACAGCUCCAUCACGUGUUACAGAACAUAUAUCACGUAUUGAAGGUGCUGAAUCAAAAUCAACAUCUCGUGUACAACCAACAGAUCGUCUUAGUCGUCCAGGAUUUGAUGCAAUUAAAUCAUCAUUAGAAUCAUCAAUGACCAAAACAACUGAACAAUUACCACCUCCACAAACAUCAACAGAUUUAACAAUAAAAGAUAAACGAAUAAUAUCAUCAAUUGAUUCAGAUUUAAGUGGUGCAUCACCACCUAUUUAUCAAAGUACACCUAAAUCAACAAAACAAAAACUUGAUGAAGAUGCUGGUCAUGAAAGUGAAGAUGAAUUAAGUGAUCCAACAAAUAAACAAGGACAACAAUAUGAUAUAAGACGACGUACACCAAAAACACGUCUUAGAGAUUUCUCACAAAGUACAACACAACCAUUAGAUGAUGCAACAUAUAUUAGUCAACGAAAUAAAUCAUCAUUUAAUGAAACAAAUAUGGAAAAUAUUCUUUCACAUGUACCAACAAGCAAAGGUAAAGGUCUUUUAAUCGAACUUUCUCCACAUAUAUCUCAUGAAAUUCCAAUAACAAGUACAACAACAAAACCAAUACGUGAUCCAUAUAAAUCCAGUAUGGGUUCAGAUUCAGGUAUGUUUGAAUAUUCUACAGCUACAAGUCAACGUUUACCGACAAGUUCAUCAUCAUGGCGUAAUAAUGCAUCAUCAUCAAUUAUUGAUGAUGUUAAUCGUACACCAACAAUACGUGAUAGUGGCAUUUAUGGUGAUUCAGUAUCAGCAACAUUAAGUUCACGUUAUGGUCGACGACAAACUUCUGACACUGAUCAAACAACAAUUCAUGGUGGAGAUGACUCAGUUUCACGAUCAUUAUAUAAAUAUGAUACAGAAAUUAUUUCCACCGAUCAAUUUAAUCAACAAAAACAACAACCACGUAAUAUUCGACGUCAAGUAACAAGUACACCACCAUCAGAUUAUGAAAAUAUUGCUAACUAUCAUAGUGGAUUAAGUUCGCAACGAAAAGUUCCAAUAACAACACAAUCACGUACAAUUAUGACAAAACCAUUAGUUGUUGAUGAAAUUGAAACAAUCGAAACUGAAACACGUGUUGAAUGUCAAGUACAACGUACACAUGAAAUUAAAGAAUCAACAACUAAAACUGGACAAACCGGUAGUCCAGGUGCACCAAAAACAGUUAUUACAACAACAACAACAACUACAACAACAACAGCUGCUCCAAUGGUACGUUCACCUGAAUGUUCAUCCGAUGAAGCAUCACGUACAAUAACACCAUCAAAACGAGCUCUAUUAAAUGAACGUACACAUUAUUAUGAUUCAACAAAAUCUAAUACAAUUCGUUCACCACCUGCAUCAACGUAUACACCAACAAAUGAAAUUCGUCAACAAACACAAACAUAUCGUGAAAGUGGUAUUCAUCAACAUCGUUAUGAUUCACCUCAAUCCGAUAGUAUAUCCUAUCCAAUACCACCACCACCAAUAACAACAACGAUGACAACAACAACAAGAAUACAAGAAGAAGAACCCGUUCGUAUUGAAGAAACAUGGUUUAAACCAAUACAACGUGAUCGUUCACAAGAUAGUUUAUUACAAGGUUCAUCAUCACGUUCAAAUGUUCGUACAUUAAGUUCUGGUCCACCACGUACUAUGGAAAUAACAUCAUUAAGUCCACAAAGUCAAGUUACAUUUGGUAAAUAUACACCAAAUGAAAUAAUUGCGAUUGUUCGUGUACCAGAAUUAUCUAAUGGUGUUGGUAUGAAAUCAAGUCCUUCAACAAUAAAACAUGGAACAAGUGAACCUGAACUUAAUGCACGAAUAAAACAAGAAGAACAACAACGUUCAAAAUUACAUUAUGAACGUAUUAAUUCAACAAGUUAUCGUCCAUCAACAAUAAAUCAAGAUUAUCAACAAAGACAAAGUCGAUCACGAAUAAGUCCAUACGAUACUACGAAUGAAUAUUCAUCUUCAUUAGGUGCUCAUGCACGUUCAUCAUCAUAUCAUUCAGUUUUACACGAACAAGAUCGACAACAGCAACAAGAACAAGAUCAAUAUUCUUCUUCUCCCUAUACAAAAUCAGCAUAUCGUCGACAAAUAAAACGUCGUACAGGUAGUCUUGGUAAUCUACUCGGUCCUAAUAUAGAAUUUGAAAUUGAAAUUGAAAAACGUCCGCCACAAUUACCUGAACAACCAACAGUUGUUGCACUUGAUCAACCAUCACGGGCCAUUGUAACAACAUCAAAAGAUGGUCGAGUGUCAAUUCAAAAUAUAGCUGCACGACCAGGAAAUACUGUCGUUAUUAAUAGUGAUUUUCAUUCAUCGGAUCGUUCAUUAAAUCGUUCAUCAGGUUAUUUUAGUGCUGAUGAAUUACGUUCACAAGGUCUUAAUACAAAUUAUUCAAGUGAUGAACAAUCAAGUGCUGCUACUGGUAUGAAUAUAAAUCAAAAUUCUCAAUCAUCAAAUACACCCUCAACACACACACGACGUUAUAAAAAUAAUGAACAAGUUACAUCCAAACUUCCAUCACAUUAUCGUACUAGACAACAGAAUAAUUAUCAACAAUUAAAUAAUGAUAAUUUUGAUAAACUUAAUCAAAUAGUUCAUCGUUAUUAUCGACAAUCAAAUAAUAUAAAUCCAAAUAAUAAUAGAACUGGUUUUAAUGAGACUAUUGAUCAAAUUGAUGCACUCUAUAAUAAUCUUGAUAUCCACAAAAAUGAUAAUUAUAUUCAUGAUAAUACGAAUUCGUCAACAGCAUAUGAUUUUUCAAAGUCAACAGCAAAUCGUCGUCAAAAUUUAUCACAAAAUACAAAUGAAUAUCAAAUGCGUUAUUCAUCAAUGGGUUUUCCACAUAUAUCGAAUGAUGAAAAUACAACAACAAAUUCAACUUUACGUCAUCUUGUAUCACCACCGAUGAUAUCAACUAAUGAUAAACGACAUAAUGAUACAAAUCGGGCUUAUAGUGAUAAUGAAAAUUUAAAUAAUAACAAUGAACAUAAUCGUAAUUGGGGUUCAUCAUCUUUGAAUGAUCUUGUUAUGACAACACCCAUUCGUCCAUCACAAUCAUUAUCAUCAUCAGGUAUAUUAGCUGAUUAUGCAACACCAGGUUCAAUUAGUCCGAAUUCAGGUUUUGGUUCAACACAAAAUGUUAUUUUACAACAAAAUCGUUUGAAUUCACAAGCACAAGUUGUUCAACGUAAUCGAACCUCCGUUAAACAAGUUAAACAAAAAAGUGCUGCAAAGAAAAAAAUUGGAAAUAUUCAGGGGCAAUAUAGCGAUGAGGAAGAUGAUAAUGAUUCAGCUGGUGGUCAUGAUUCACCACUGUCGGAUAAUGGCCGUCCACAACCACCAACGCGAUUUUCAACUCGUUAUCAAUAA